GUGUGUUGGUUUUCGUUUGACAGCAAAGUAAAGUUUUUCUCGGGAGUCUCCUCCGGCACCACCGCGGCGUCUCUCGCGUAUUUGGCGGGUUUUUUUCGGCCCUCGUCUCCGCAGAUUCCCCGCUCUGCUGGUCGGAGGACGACGAUGAUGAUGGAGUAAUUGUGGAACCAUGUCGGUGAAUUCGGUGCACUGGUUUCGCAAAUGUCUGCGGUUGCACGAUAAUCCGGCGCUGCAGGAGGCCGUGAACGCAGCACACACACUCCGCUGUGUUUAUAUUCUGGACCCGUGGUUCGCGGGAGCCGCGAACGUGGGAAUCAACCGAUGGAGGUUUCUGCUGGAGGCUCUGGAGGACCUGGACAACAGUCUGAAGAAGCUCAACUCCAGAUUGUUUGUGAUCAGAGGGCAACCUACGGACGUGUUCCCCAGGCUUUUUAAGGAGUGGAAGGUGACCAGGUUAACGUUUGAAUACGACCCCGAGCCUUAUGGGAAGGAGCGAGAUGGCGCCAUCCUCAAGAUGGCUCAGGAGUUUGGUGUGGAGACGGUCGUCAGAAACUCACACACCCUCUACAACCUGGACAGGAUCAUUGAGAUGAACAACAACAGUCCUCCUUUGACCUUCAAGCGUUUCCAGACCAUUGUUAGUCGACUGGAGUUGCCACGGAGACCGAUGCCUCCGCUCAUGCUGCAGCAGAUGGACAAGUGUUGCACGGAGAUCUCCGACAAGCACGAUCAGCUCUACAGCAUCCCCUCACUGGAAGAGCUCGGCUUCAGGACACAGGGUUUACUUCCAGCUGUGUGGAAGGGAGGAGAAUCAGAAGCUCUGCACAGACUCAACAAACAUCUGGACAAGAAGGUGUGGGUGGCUAACUUCGAGCACUCGCGCGUCAACACGUGUUCUCUGUACGCCAGCCCCACCGGCCUCAGCCCGUACCUGCGUUUCGGCUGCUUGUCCUGCAGGGUUCUGUACUACAACCUCAGAGAGCUCUACAUGAAGCUGCGGAAGCGUACCAGUCCUCCUCUGUCGCUGUUCGGACAGUUGCUGUGGAGAGAGUUCUUCUACACCGCCGCCACCAACAACCCCAACUUUGACCGCAUGGAGGGAAACCCCAUCUGUGUCCAGAUCCCAUGGGACCAGAACCCAGAGGCACUGGCUAAGUGGGCGGAGGGUCGGACCGGUUUCCCCUGGAUCGACGCCAUCAUGACUCAGCUGAGACAGGAAGGCUGGAUCCACCACCUGGCUCGACAUGCCGUGGCCUGUUUCCUCACCCGAGGAGACCUGUGGAUCAGCUGGGAGAGCGGCAUGAAGGUGUUUGAAGAGCUGCUCCUCGAUGCAGACUGGAGUGUGAACGCUGGCAGCUGGAUGUGGUUGUCCUGCAGCGCCUUCUUCCAACAGUUCUUCCACUGCUACUGUCCCGUGGGCUUUGGAAGGAGGACCGACCCGUCAGGAGACUACAUCAGGCGCUACGUCCCCGUCCUGAAGGAUUAUCCCAACCGCUACAUCUACGAGCCGUGGAACGCUCCAGAGUCGCUGCAGAAGGCGGCGAACUGUGUGGUGGGCGUGGAUUAUCCCAAACCUAUGAUCAACCACGCAGAGGGAAGUCGACUCAACAUUGAGAGGAUGAAGCAAGUUUAUCAGCAGCUGUCGCACUACAGAGGACUCAGCCUACUAGCAUCAGUACCAACAAUACAGGAGGAGGCGGAGCCACCAAUGACGGAUGAGUCUCAGACGAGCAGCGGCCCUGACUCUCCUCCCCGAGUUCCUGUCCACAGAGAACCAGCCAGCUGCUCCGCGGCUCCUCAUUCGUCCAUAGUCUGUGGCUCCUCCUCCUCCUCGGCAGAUGCUCGCUCGCUGCAGACGCUCCACUCAUCCUCGCAGCCUUCUCCCGCCUCCAUGUCUGCUGCUGCAGCUCCGCCCCCUCCGGCUUCAUCGCCGGCCCACAGUCCUCUUAAUCUGCCCUCCCCUUCCUCCUCAUGUCCUACUUUGUCCCCAGCCCCGAGUCCAGCCACAACCUCUGCUCAGACUUUUCCAAAGAGGAACGGCCCCGCCCACAAGGUUUGUCGCAGUCGGAGACUCCGAGGAAUUCGGAGCAGAGAGGGAGGGGGGGGGAGAGAGGAGGAGGAGGAGGAGGAGGAGACAGGAGCAGAGGAGAAGAUGGAGGAGGAUGUUGAAGAGGAGGAGAAAAUGGAGGAAGAGGAUUGAGGAGAAAGUGCUGCACAUCAGCUGUGACUCCAGGAGGAACUUCAGAGGUACCGUCUCCUGUGGACACUCAGAGACACUCGAGCAGCAGCGUCACAGAAAAGAGACAAAACGGGACAAAAGUGUUGGACUCACAUUUGACCCAGGACACUGAAUUCCAAACAAAGACACACACACACACACACACACACUGCAUAAUAUCAAAAGACAGGAGCAGUUGCAAUGAUUUAAAGGGAUAGUCGUGUUUUUAAAGUGUUGUAUGAGGCAGUAAAUGUGCUGUGAGCGCCCCCUAUAACUAGAACCUGCAGGAGACAGACUGUCUCACUCUCAGUGAAAACAUGUCAGUUUAUGUCUCUGAUGUCUUAAAGAACACGUUCACGUCUUUAUCUUCACUGUGAGACAGAGUUUUGUAAACUACUCACUCUUCCACACCAAAGCCCACAGAGAGAGUCCGUAGAGCAGCAGCUCCUGUGUCCUCGCCAACCAAAAUCACUGUCUUUCUCUAUGGGCUUUGGUGUGGGAGAGUGAGUGUGUCCCUGCCUGUCUAAUGUUGUGAAAAAGAAGAACUGUCCCUUUAACAUAAUUGUAUUUUAGUCAGAAAACCCAGCGAGACGUUCACUGACCUCCUGAAUUGUGGUAAAAAUGUGUUUUAUGUUGUAGCGCCCCCCACUGUACAGUUUGUUUAUUCUUUAACGUCAGUUCAGGUCCACAGGAAGUAAAGAAAGAACAUCUCUGCUUCUU